UAAGAAAAUUGUUUAAAGGGUAGUCAGUUUCGCUUCCAGCAGCAAAUAACAAAAACGGCAAAAACUCCCGGAAAUUCUGCAUCUCAAGAGUUACAGAAGCUGCCAAGUGUUACCCCAAAGAUACUAAAAGAAAUCAGAAAGUGUAAAAAUGUCGAGUACUUCGCAGAAGCACAGGAAUUUCGUGGCGGAGCCAAUGGGAGAGAAGUCGGUGACAGAAUUGGCGGGCGUCGGAGAUGUUCUGGGGAAGCGUCUCGAGGAAGCUGGAUUUGACAAGGCCUACUCCGUGUUGGGGCAGUAUUUGAUUCUCAAGAAGGACUCAGAACUCUUCAAAGAAUGGAUGAAAGACAUCUGCAAUGCAAACGCGAAACAAGCUGCUGACUGUUACCAAUGUCUCAAUGAUUGGUGUGAAGAGUUCUUGUAAAAAUUUAAAUGUUUUCUUUUCAUUCUCUUUGUAAAACUCAUUUUAUAAUCUUUAAUAUACCUGACGAUAAAAUUUGUUGAAUCUUCCUAUAAAAAAGGAUCUAAAUGUAUCAAAAAAAAAGUUUCUAGAUGUUCAGCACCGGAAAUUAAUUACAAAAUGGACUAUUUUUAAUAGAAAAAAAAAUAAAUAAAAAAGCUUUAUAGUAAAA